UUCAUAAAUUUCCCCGAAAAUUCUCCCCAAUAAUUUAAAAAAAAAGUUUAAAAAAAUUCCCAAAAAAUUUCCCAAAAUUUCUCCCAAAAAUGUUUCCCUUCUUUCAUUCCCUUUUAAUUAUUUUUUUACUUUUUAAUUUUAUUUUAAUUAAAUUUGGCUGUCUUUCUUCAAAAAGUUUUGUCAUUCUAAGAGAUGAAAAUGAAAUUACAGAUAAUGAGAAAAUAAAAGGUUUAAAAAACCGAAAAAAUUUUCAAAAAAAAUCCCCAAAUUUUUAA